AGAGGAGGAGAAAGGAGGAGAGAGCGAGACAGAGCGAGCAAUCGAGAGAGAGCGAGAGAGGAAAAUCACGCUUUGUGUGACAGUGGACGCAUAUUGAAUGAAGAGGUAUCGGAUGCCCCUUAUUUGAGCGUUAACGGAUUUUGAGGGUAAAACAUCUAUUUUGCAUAACGGACGCGUUUUUUUUUAUCCGCCUCCGGAUUUAAGGAUCGGAUUCACGCGUCGAUGGCAUCAGUACCGGAGGGUGUACCUCUUGCCUCCACCAGGCACAACCGGUAACGGGAAGGGCUGCUGCUGCUGCCGUUUCUAGGGUUCUAUAUUUAUUUCUUCUCGUGCGAGCUGCAACGUUGAGGGAAACGUGACCAGAGUAAACCGGGACAUUUCGCCGAUCAUGGAGUAAUGCCCGAGUGAGCAGCGUAUGAGAGGUUCCCAAUGUUGAACAUGUCGACCCCCAGCGAGCUCAAGUCUCCGUGUGUCCCGAGGAACGGCAUGGUCAAGCUCCCCCCUCAGCCCAACGGUUUGGGCAGCGCCAGCAUCACCAAGGGCACGCCCGCCGCCAAGAACCGCCUGUGCCAGUCCUCCUCCGUGCCCGGCAUCCUACCCCCGCCUUCCCUACCCUACCACCUGGACCCCCUCAACCCCCUGGGUCCCUCUCUCCUGGGUCCAGACCUGGACCACAGCCCCCUGAUGGCCCUCAAACCCCCGCUGCGCCAGGUCCCCCUCACCUUCCCCAAGCCUCACCUUCCCCUCACCCUGCCUCUGGCCCUUCUGCCGCCCCUGGAGCGCCAGCUGGCCCUGGAUGAGAAGCUGCUCAACAGGCUGCUGUGGUAUUUCACCACGGCUGAGAAGUGUGUCCUGGCCCAGGUGUGUAGGACCUGGAGGAAAGUGCUGUACCAGUCUAAGUUCUGGGAGGGUGUCACGCCCAUCCUCCACGCCAAGGAGCUGUACGCCCUGCUCCCCGGCGGAGACAAGGAGUUUGUCAGCCUGCAGGCCUUCGCUCUCAGGGGGUUCCAGGCGUUCUGUCUGGUGGGAGUUUCAGACCUGGACAUCUGUGAGUUCAUUGAUAACUACCCCUUGUCCAAGAAGGGGGUGAAGUCGGUCAGUCUGAAGAGGUCCACCAUUACAGACGCAGGCCUGGAGGUGAUGCUGGAACAGAUGCAGGGUCUGAUGCACCUGGAGUUGGCCGGUUGUAAUGACUUCACGGAGGCCGGUCUGUGGUCCAGCCUGAACGCACGGCUCACCUCGCUCAGCGUCAGCGACUGUAUCAACGUAGCGGACGACGCCAUCGCUGCCAUCUCACAGCUACUGCCCAACCUGUCAGAGCUCAGCCUGCAGGCCUACCACGUAACCGACACAGCCAUGGCUUACUUCACAGCCAAACAGGGCUACACCACUCACACGCUGCGUCUCCACUCGUGUUGGGAGAUCACCAACCAUGGUGUGGUUAACAUGGUCCACAGCCUGCCCAACCUCACGGCUCUGAGCCUGUCAGGCUGCUCUAAAAUCACUGAUGACGGGGUGGAGCUGGUAGCAGAGAACCUGAGGAAGCUGCGGAGCCUGGACCUCUCCUGGUGCCCACGCAUCACUGACAUGGCCCUGGAGUACAUCGCCUGUGACCUCCACAAACUAGAGGAGCUGGUACUGGACAGAUGUGUGAGGAUUACAGAUACAGGUCUAGGUUACCUGUCCACCAUGUCUUCUUUGAGGAGUCUCUACCUGCGCUGGUGCUGUCAGGUGCAGGACUUUGGGCUACAGCACCUGUUUGGCAUGAGGAGUCUACGUCUUCUCUCUCUCGCAGUCCAAACGCACAUAGUCUGAACAGGGACAGAGGUCAUCCAGGAGCUGGCAUGUCCUCCUUCUCAUCCAUACUGAGGAAACUUCAAAGGAACCAACACACACGCACACGCACGCACACGCACACGCACACACACACACACACACACACACACACACACACACACACACACACACACUCUCUUCCUCUACCUGGCUGGGUAAAUCUAUAUGGUAUUCUAUAGAAGGAGAGAGUUCAGUAUAUCAUAUCUGACUACAGUAAAUGAAUCAUCUCUGACUACAGUACAUUAGUCAUCUCUGACUACAGUACAUUAAUCAUCUCUGUCUACAGUACAUGAAUCAUCUCUGACUACAGUACAUUAGUCAUCUCUGACUACAGUACAUUAGUCAUCUCUGACUACAGUACAUUAGUCAUCUCUGUCUACAGUACAUUAGUCAUCUCUGACUACAGUACAUUAGUCAUCUCUGACUACAGUACAUUAAUCAUCUCUGUCUACAGUACAUUAGUCAUCUCUGACUACAGUACAUUAGUCAUCUCUGACUACAGUACAUUAAUCAUCUCUGACUACAGUACAUUAGUCAUCUCUGACUACAGUACAUUAGUCAUCUCUGUCUACAGUACAUGAAUCAUCUCUGACUACAGUACAUUAGUCAUCUCUGACUACAGUACAUUAAUCAUCUCUGUCUACAGUACAUGAAUCAUCUCUGACUACAGUACAUUAGUCAUCUCUGACUACAGUACAUUAGUCAUCUCUGACUACAGUACAUUAGUCAUCUCUGUCUACAGUACAUUAGUCAUCUCUGACUACAGUACAUUAGUCAUCUCUGACUACAGUACAUUAAUCAUCUCUGUCUACAGUACAUUAGUCAUCUCUGACUACAGUACAUUAGUCAUCUCUGACUACAGUACAUUAGUCAUCUCUGACUACAGUACAUUAGUCAUCUCUGACUACAGUACAUUAGU